GGCACCGUCGUGGCGCCGCCGCCACACCGUAGAAGAAGAUAUUUUGUAACUCAAAGAUGGCGCAACCCGGCGUUUUACUCGUGCGUUUGAGAGCGCUGUGUCGUCUCAGCAAAUGUCUUCAAACGGGACGACCAACGGCGUCAAACUGGGGCAGGCACAUGCGGUGGUGUCGGACACCAACCGCGAGCUGCAGGGGUUAUAGCACGUCACAUAUCCAAUAUAAACAAGGGAACAUUAACUCCAACUUGCUGGAUGAGUUUCCGGACCCCAAAUGUCUCCUACAUAACACGGUUUCUCGCUCAUUGGGACUCAACGACCUGUCUCAGCUCAUCCAGUACACCUGCACCGAGGACCCGGGCGUCAAGAAAGCCACUGUUACCGUACACUGGCCCAGCAAGUUUGAGAAAGAAGGUUUUGCCUCCAAGAAAGCAGAUGCAGAGAGAUUUGCUGCGGCUGCUGCUUGCCAACAGCUCAAAGAAAUUGGUGUGAUCGGCCCAAAUAAUCAGCUCCCCAGAAGGAGCUUCGGCAGAUGGAGAGGAGUGAAAUCAGCUCUCUGUGAUGUCAAUGAAGACCCCCGGACUGGAUGGGUCCAAGAUUCUACAACAGAAUUGGCGCCACCUCUCCCCGAAAGCACGUCUGAUUUUGCCGAAGCUCUUUCUCUCUUCCCUUCUCCCGUAGGGCUGUUAAACAAGGUGGUGCAGGUGGCCACUGGCCGUAACAGCAGCAAAGAGCAGAUAGAGUACAACACAGGAGGAGGGAAGCUCAAAAGUUGUGAGCUGACCCUGCGCUGGCCGCAGGAAAUGACUUUCACAGCGAGGGCGAGCAACAAGGCUGAAGCAAAGAAACGGGCAGCGGCUCUUGCCUGCGUGCGACUGAAGGAGCUCAAGCUUCUAGAUGGGAACAACAAACCACUCACUCAUGCCGGGUACCACAGGGGGAAGGUGAGGGAAGCGGCAGAGAGUGGGCGGCGUCCUCUUCAGGUGCAAGUCCCGGACUACCUGAAGGAACGUAUGAGAGAAUAUCUCGCACAGGAAAUUGGUGUGAUCGGCCCAAAUAAUCAUCUCCCCAGAAGGAGCUCCGGCAGAUGGAGAGGAGUGAAAUCAGCUCUCUGUGAUGUCAAUGAAGACCCCCGGACUGGAUGGGAAGCUCUUUCUCUCUUCCCUUCUCCCGUAGGGCUGUUAAACAAGGUGGUGCAGGUGGCCACUGGCCAUAACACCAGCAAAGAGCAGAUAGAGUACAACACAGGAGGAGGGAAGCUCAAAAGUUGUGAGCUGACCCUGCGCUGGCCGCAGGAAAUGACUUUCACAGCGAGGGCGAGCAACAAGGCUGAAGCAAAGAAACGGGCAGCGGCUCUUGCCUGCGUACGACUGAAGGAGCUCAAGCUUCUAGAUGGGAACAACAAACCACUCACUCAUGCCGGGUACCACAGGGGGAAGGUGAGGGAAGCGGCAGAGAGUGGGCGGCGUCCUCUUCAGGUGCAAGUCCCGGACUACCUGAAGGAACGUAUGAGAGAAUAUCUCGCACAGUACCCAGUAGAUGCAGAGGUGCAGAAACUCUGUGAGGAAGAGAGAGAAGAGCAUGUAGCAGAAGAGGAAGACAACUUGGCGAUAGACGCCAUCACAGGAAAGCCAUACAGGGAGCUGUCUCCACAGGAGGUCCAGUACCUCAACAACCGCCUGCAGGACAAGUGGAAGAGCGCCUCCCCCGGGCUGAGCGUGGCGCUGCCAGUCGACAGCCAUCGGCAGCGUGUCAUCUCGGCCGUGCAGUCUUCCAGGGUGGUAGUGAUUGCCGGAGAGACCGGAUGCGGCAAAACCACACGGAUCCCACGAUUCCUCCUGGAGGAGCGUGUGAUGGCAGGGCAGGGGGCCCAGUGCAACAUCUUGGUGACACAACCUCGCCGGAUCAGUGCUGUGUCGGUCGCCCAUCGCGUUGUCCAGGAGAUGGGCCCUGAUCUCCAACGCUCUGUGGGAUACCAGGUGAGACUGGAAAGCAGACCACCAGAACAGAGCGCUGGAGCCUUGCUCUUCCUUACAGUCGGCGUCCUGCUGAGGAAACUGCGGUCCAACCCCACUCUGAAGGGAAUAAGCCACGUGGUGGUGGACGAGGUGCACGAGCGUGAUGUCAACACAGACCUGCUGCUGGCACUGUUGCGCUCUAGUAUGGAAAAAAACCCUGACCUGCGCGUGGUGCUCAUGAGCGCCACUGGAGACAACCAGCGGCUGGCUCACUAUUUCGGGGACUGUGUUAUUGUGAAGGUUCCUGGAUUCAUGCAUCCUGUUCAAGAGAAAUAUUUGGAGGACCUCCUAAGAGAAAUGGGGCGCCGCUUGCCUGUUAAAAAGAGCAAUGAGGCCUCUCCAGAUCUGGAUCUUGUUGCUGAUGUCAUUGAACACAUUGACAGACAUGGACAACCAGGUGCAGUGUUGUGUUUCCUGCCCGGGUGGCAGGACAUUAGGACCGUUCAGCAGCUGCUUGAGAUGAAACCGCACUUUUCCUUUGGCUCUCAGAUGAUCCUGCCGCUGCACUCUAGUUUGUCAGUGGCAGAUCAGCAGGCGGUGUUCCAUCACCCCCAAGAGGGCCGAAGGAAAAUUGUUCUGGCCACCAAUAUAGCCGAGACCUCCAUCACCAUAGAUGAUAUUGUGCAUGUUGUGGAUGCAGGAACCCACAAAGAGCAUAGUUACGACCCACGCACUAAAGUGUCUUGUCUGGACACGGUGUGGAUAUCUCAAUCCAAUGUCACCCAAAGAAAAGGAAGAGCGGGGCGCUGUCAACCGGGGCAAUCGUAUCAUCUGUUCCCACGAAAACAUCUGGACUCUAUGACCCUUUUCCCCAUUCCGGAGAUCCUGCGCAUCCCCCUGGAGAGCUUGGUGGUUCAGGCCAAGAUUCACAGUCCAAAAUGCAAGGCUGUAGACUUCUUGUCGCAAGUGUUAGACAGCCCAGAGAAGGGAGCGGUGGCAGACGCUGUCCAAACUCUGCAAGACAUCGGAGUUCUUGACGGGUCCGAAACGCUGACACCUUUAGGAGAGCGUGUGGCCUCCAUGUCAUGUGACCCACGUCUGGGCAAAGUUCUGGUCCUGAGCACAAUGUUCAGAUGCGUCCUACCCAUGUUGUCUAUAGCCGCCUGUCUGACCCGGGAUCCUUUCUACAACAGCCUGCAAAACCGAUCGUUGGUCACCGAGGCCAAAGCCAAACUGAGCGGCUCCAGCUGUAGCGACUACUUGGUGUUCAGCCGAGCCGUGUUGGGAUGGAGAAGGCUUCAGCAAGAGGGCGACCGCAAGGAAAGCGACAAUUAUCUAGAAAUGAACAUCUUAUCAAGGCCCAGCCUCCGAUUCAUCAAUGGCUUGAUUUCUCAGUUCAGCGACAACCUCCGCGAGGCUCAGCUGGUGUCCCAUAGUAACGAGUGUCAGCGUUACUCUUCGCGCCUCAACGAGCACAGCAAGCAGGAGCAGCUUCUGAAAGCGCUGCUGCUGGCUGGACUCUACCCCAACCUCAUCCAGGUGAAGAAGGGCGUUGUGGUCAAAGGGGGGCGCUUCCGUCCCAACCGCCUGUCUUUCCACACGCUUAGUGGCCCAGUCCUGCUUCACCGUUCCUCCGUGAACAGAGGAAACGAGGAGCUGCCUUGUCGAUGGCUCACCUUCUUUGGCGCCAUCAAGUCCAGCGACUGCGUUUUCAUUCGCGACUCGUCCGCGGUGCAUCCACUCGCCCUGUUAAUGCUCACAGAUUGUGACAUCAAUGAGACAGUAAGUGGAAACACAGUGGAGGUGUCCUUCCAUGGGCGCUCGCUCGUGCGCUGUCAGCUGGCGGCCGACACGUGGGAGCUUCUGUGGGAGCUGCGCACGUCUAUUCAGGCCAUGCUCCUGCGCAACCUCAGCAACCCCAGGAACGCAGCCACCCACCAGGACCAGGACGGCAAGCUUGUCUCACUGCUGGUAGAUCUGCUCAACGACACCGACCAGACCGCGUGGGCUCAUAAUGACAGCAGCGACACCGAGGUGGACUGAGGACGGACAGGCAACAGAAGGUGACGUCGUCGUAUUUAUGGAGCUCUUGAGAUAAUGCAAGUACCCUUUUGGAUGAAUACUUAAAAUAUUGAACUAUUCAGGGCUCCACAUUGUCCAGUCUGGGGAAAAAAAUCAUGAACUUGUUAUGCAACCCCAUAUGUAUUGCUUUAUUAGAAGCAGAAGUGUGUUGAUGUUCAUUUGUAAAUAAAAUUACAUCUGACUGACCUAA